UGACUUGACUCAAGGCUUAAAACAACGUAUCACUGAAACUUUUGCAAAUAUUAUAGUUAAAGUCGAAUUCACCAAUAUAAGGCUUAUUGAAUUGGGUGUUUCUUGUUGGAAUUCAAAUCGUAAACAAUAUGAUGCGAAUUCUCUUCUCUCUAAAAUCGUCGAAGAUGCAACAAGUGAUGAAAUAGCAAACCGACAAUCAAAUGUUACUGAUUUGGAAAUUGCUGGUAUCACUCCGCCUGCUUUACCUUUGACUUUGCUUUUAACACCUGCGGAUUGUUACGACGGUAAAUUAAAUUCCGUGUUUGGACUGGCUAAAUAUAAAGUUGGUGCUGUUGUUUCGACCUUUAGAUUGGGAAACAGUCAAGAAUUUGUGGCCAAAGAGUGCAUUCACGAGUUAG